UGCAGGGAAUUACAUAUAAAAGUUCUUGACUACUAACUGUUCAUCAAGUAUAAAGCGUAUACGUUAUGUUAAGAGCAGUCUCGCGCCGAAUAUCCAUAAUAACGCCAGAAUGAAUGAACCUAAGAAAUCAGAUCACGAGACAUUGACUGGUCCUUUGAUAGGAAUACGACAUGCUCAGAUAGCUGUUCUGUUCUUAAAUCUAGCAAUCGGCUAUGGCAUGAGGACAAAUCUUUCAGUCGCCAUUGUGGCGAUGACCGACAAUAGCACCACUACUAACACUGAUAUACCCACGUACGAUUGGGAGAACAAGAGCGUGAUCCUGUCGUCAUUCUUCUGGGGCUAUAUCACGCUACAGAUAUUCGCAGGCGAGCUAGGAAACAGAUACGGAACGAAGUGGCUGUUGUUCGUAGCGAUGUUCGUGAAUUCGACGGCGUGCAUUUUGAUCCCCACGAUGGCGAACGCAGUCGGAUCGUACGGCGUAAUGGGGUGCAGGGUCGUUCAAGGGAUGUCUCAGGGAUUUUUCUUCCCUUCUGUCUCUAACCUCCUCGGACAGUGGAUACCUCCUACAGAGAGGUCCACCAUGGCUACUGUUGUCUAUGCAGGUCCGUCGUUUGGUAUUAUACUCUCGAUGCCCGUAACUGGCUUCAUAGCCGCGUCAAAGUUUGGAUGGCCUCCCAGUUUUUAUCUUUUCGGAGCUUUGGGGUACACUUGGAUGUUGAUCUGGUGCUUUUUGGGAGCCAACAGUCCCGCUGAACAUCCGAGAAUCUCAAACGAAGAAAGAGCGUACAUCGAACGAACUUUGAAAACUACCCAGCAUGAGAGAGGAAAAACUCCAUGGAAUAGUAUAUUCUCAUCAUUACCAGUGUGGGCAUUCAUUGUUGCCAUGUUCGGGCAAAACUGGGGCUACUCUACAUUAAUGACCGAAAUACCAACAUAUUUGAACAAGAUCAUGGGCAUCAAUAUGACAUCGAAUGGCAUGUUGUCUGCGGCUCCCUACUUGGCAUCUUUCAUAUUCAGUUUCAUAUUCGGAAUACUCUCAGACUACCUCAUAAACCGAGACUACGUCGGCCGUGGAACGGCAAGAAAAAUUUUCAAUACGCUAGGGACAUGCGUGCCUGCUGUGGCUCUGGUAAGUCUUGGCUUCCUGCCCAGCAACGCUACCGUUCUUUCCGAAGUGAUGCUGAUUAUCGCGGUCGGCAUGAACGCGGCCUGUUUCGUAGGAUUCCAGGUGAACCCUGUCGAUUUGGCACCCAAUUAUGCCGGGAUUAUUAUGGGAAUCGGGAACGGAUCAUCGAACAUUUUCUCCAUUAUCGCACCUCUAGUCGUGCAUUUCGUCGUUGCGGAUGAGGAGGACAAAUCAUUAUGGAGGAUAAUAUUUAUCGCGGCAUCAGCGGUGUACCUGACUGCCAACCUAUUCUUCGUAUUGUAUUCUUCGGGAGAUGUUCAACCAUGGAAUGAUGUCGCUGAUUUGGAAAAACGUAAACAACCAUCUACUACCAAUGACAAUGGACCAAACAUUCAUAUUGAUGGAAAAUAUACAGAAAGUAGCUAAAAAAGUACCAUAUGUGUCAAAAAUAUAUACUUUUAAAUAAUUUUCAUAAUUUGAUAUGCUACUGGGCGAGGAAGUAUUGUAAUCGCGGUGGUGGCGGAGCUAAGAGCAACAACACGAAACAUUGUCGUCCUGGCCAUAGUAGUAAAAUAUUGAUAGAAAUUUCCUCCCCACCCACAACUCACAAAUUUGUGUGGAAAUUUAAUCCAAAUCCAAGCGACACUUCCUAAGUUACAGACAUGCCAACGAUUAGCGGACAGUCAGACUGACGGAAACGCCUCUCAUGGUUUUUCGUGAUGUGGAUAUCACAUAACAUCCAAACACACAUCUAUCGCAUUUUAGAUUUUUUUGCGAUUACAAUACGUCCUCGCCCAUAAGCGUGCAAAGUAAAAAUAAUGAAUAAAUUAACUCUUUUGAUAUCCCUAGUAUUACUGUCUGUUAUCGUAGAUAGAAUCCCAAUUUGAAGAGAAAAAAGAGGAACCCCCAAAAAGGUGUAAAAUCUUAUACACUGAGAACCAAAUUUGUCUGACAUCUGGAGUUCACAUGGGUACGAGCGAGAAGUGUGUAUAGACAUACUAUAUAUGUUAGAAAGAGAUAGUAGCUGGCUGGAUAGACAAGCUCAUCACCGCGCUGCCUAGCAACGCUGACGCGGCAAUGUGUCGCGUUGCCUAAAUGUUAGACCCGUGCCUUGAACAGAGAUCCUUUUUGAAAGUAUGUGUUAGUUUAUUGUCUACGCCC